AUGGCGGCUCCCAUACAAAAGCUGGUUAGCCUUUCCUCUAAAUUAUUUGGGAGGCUUUCCCCUGAAAAAAUCACUAAAGAUCAUCUGGCACCACUCGCUCGUAACAUGAAUGACAUUACAGCAGAAGAUGUAAUGUUUGAUGCAAGUGAAGUAGAGAAAAGGGAUUUAUCUAAACAGCACGACGAAGCAUUUGAUAACGAAAUUGCACCUGUAACUUACAUGCACUUACACCAAGAGAGAACAUUUUCGAUGUCUAUCUUUGUUUUGAAAUCAGGUGGUGUUUUACCUCUUCAUGAUCAUCCAAAAAUGUUUGGUCUUUUAAAAGUUAUUCAUGGUUCAGUAAAAAUUAUUUCCUAUACCGAGGUUAAUCAACAACCGCUAACACUAUCUGAAGAUGAAAUUGAUAUGAAAUACAGACAAACAAGAUCAUUUUACAAAAAUAUCAAAACUGUGCACAGAAAUAAAGACAUUAUCUUAACAGAAAGUGAUGAAUGUUGUAUCCUUUCUCCUACUGAAGGAAAUAUACAUGAAAUUCACCCAGAAACAAAAAUGGCAGCAUUUCUAGAUAUUUUGGCCCCUCCAUAUGACAAUAAUGACCAAUGCUGCCAUUAUUACAAAGAAAUGGCUGCGUCAAAAGUAUCAGACACACGAUGGUUAUUGGAAAUUCCUCAGCCUGCAAGCUACUGGUGUGAUACAAUUGAUUAUAGAGGGCCCCCAUUAAGCAGUUAUGUUAAUUUUCCACAAAGAAACUAAAGACAAAGUAUCUACUUGUGACCAAGAUAGUUUUAAUCUUUGAAUUUUAAUCUAGUGAAUCCUAAAAUUCCAUAUUUACAAUGUGAUUGUACCACCUGCAUGCUACUGUUGUGAUAAAUUUGAUUAUAGAGGACCCUCAUUAAGUAGUUAUGAUAAUCUUCCACAAGAAAAUAGUGACAAAGUAUCUAUUUGACAAAUUUGUGACCAUGUUAGUGUUAAUAUUUAGUUUUAAUCUAGUGAACUAAAAUUCCAUGUCUACCAAUGUGAUUGUGUCACCUCAGUAUGAUUUUUCUGUUAGUACUGUUGGUAAUAAUAAUAAUAGCACCAUCUCUAUGUUUUUUUGAAACCUGCAUAUGGUGCAAUCUUAUUGUCCUGUCCUUAAAUUCAAGCGUCCACAUACCUCGUAAUGAUAUUUCAUUUAGUAAUAAUAGGCGAUUUGUUGUUGAGAACCAGCUUAUAAUCCUAGAAGAAUAAUUCCAUGCCUUGUAGAUUUCGUCCUGUGAAGUCUUCACCAUCGCCACAUUGUGACGGACAGAUGCAAGCAAAAAAAUAUAAUAAAAAAUCAUUUGACGGG